AUGUAUUCCAUCCGAGUUCAUAAAGUAAUCGAUCAAAUGGUUUCUUUCUAUCAUCGUAUCGGUUAUUGGCAUGGAGGAGACAGGCCAACAGCCAGUCGACUUAGAUUGAAGUCAUUCUAUUAUAUCUAUCACCUGUUUUUUGUCAGUUCAUUGUUGAUUGGAUCAAUUACAGGAGAAACCGUAGACGAUAGUAUUUUUCUAGCGGAAGCAACAAUUAUUUCCACAGUUCUGAAUAUUAAAGUGUGGAUGUUGCUUUGGAAACAGAAGCAAAUUAUGGCGUUGCUUAAUCGAAUUUGCGUUUUCUCAAUUCAAAAUGACAAAGAAUUCGCAUUUUGCAAUGUCAAAGUGGAAAAAUUCGUCAAAUUUGUGAUUGUGUUCAUAUGUGCUACCAUCGCUGGUGCAGUGGGAUGUUCAGGUUUCCCAUUUUUUGGAAAAGAAAGGUUACUUAUUGUAGACAUUGCGUUUCCAUUGGAUUGGAAAAAAAGUGAAAUUGGGUUUUGGAUGGCGCACAGUUUCUUUGUCAUCGGUGCGCUUAUCACACUCCCUGCAAUAUUAUUUUCCAUUCUUAUUUGGUAUUUAUUGCUGCAUUGUGCCAUAAGAUAUAAAGUUGUAGGAAUGGAAAUUUGUAAUAUGGGACGAAUCACAGGUAAGGCAAAAAUGACGGAAAAAGAAAACCAGGCCAUUUUUUAUCAAGACUUAGUGGCGUCGAUCGAAGCUCACCUAGAUUUGAGGAGAUUGAUCGACGAACUGGAAUCAUUUUUGUCAAAACUUUUUUUAUUGCAAUUCGCCACCAGUGGCCUCUGUAUUUGCGGUUCCAUUUAUUGCUUGGCAUUCGAUAUAAGUAACAACUCUCUGGAACGUAUAGUUCACGUCUAUACGCUUUUUUACAACACUGCUGAAUUGUUUAUGAUAACGUACUUCGGGAAUGAGAUUACCUUGUCAAGCAGUUGCCUCACAUACAGUUUGUUUGAAUCGGAAUGGAUCGGGCAACCGCAUUCAACCAAGACUUGCAUAAUCAUUUUUGGUGAAUAUUUGAAGCGAUCGGAAGUGAUGUUAAUCGGCAAAUUGUAUCCGUUGACUUUGGAAACAUUUACUAGGAUUUUGAAAUCGUCUUACAGCUUGUUCAACAUUUCAAAAAAUUUCAAAGAAUAAAAAUGCCCUUGCUCUGACUAAAGAGAUCACGUUGUCCAGCAAUCAUUAAUACACAGCCAUAGUGCACAUAGUGCACAUUAGUAUUCACCAUAGAU